GACUGUCUGCUGGUUUGUUUACGGAAGAACCGGACAGUAAGUCCGCGGCCUGGCCAGCUGUUCGCCGCUGUUCGCCGCUGCUCUGAGGAGGAGGAGGGUGGUGGUGGUGGUGGUGAAGAAGACUCUGAGAAAGUGAAAGUGGGAUGAAGAGCUGGGUUUUCCCCGCCACAGCGCCGCUUUCUGUUUCCUCUGCUCCACCGCGCUCCUGAGAGACGGCGCCGCGGAGGCUCUCCUGAAGCCCAGCUCAGCUUCUCGCCUUCGGCCUGAGAAUGUCCGCCUCGCCCGGCUGGGGCUGCGGGAGGUGGGUCUCCGGGAACGCUCUGCAGCUCAGUCGGAAGGUCUGAACAGUCUGAGCUGGUCUAGGAGGAGCGAUGGCUGAUGGGAUGUGUCUGCUGGUGACCAGUGUGGUGGAGGCUCUGAGUCAGGAGGAGUGUAGAACCCUAAGGUACCUGUGCUCAGACCUUCUCUCGGCUGACUGCGCUGAGGAUUGCAGAGGAGCCCUGAUCACUCUCACGACGCAGACUGUCCACUCACGGCCCGGAGACGCCGUCCUGAAGGAGGUCCUCUUCCGACUGAACCGCUUCGACCUUCUGAGGAGGCUUCUGGGAGCCACCAGGAAAGAUGUGGAGGAGAUGCUGAAGACGAGGGGGCGUGUUCUCUCAGAUUACAGGGUUCUGAUGAUGGAGCUCAGUGAGAGUUUGAACACAGCCGAAUUACAGUCCCUCACAUUCCUGCUGAGCAGCACUGUACCCAGGGGCCUGCUGGAGCGAGCUACGAGCUUCUUGGAUGUUGUGGCAGAGCUGGAGAAGAUGGAUAUGGUUUCAUGUGAGAAGCCGGACCUGGUAGAGCAGCAUUUGAGGAACAUCAGGAGAGUGGACUUGGCCAACAGGAUACAAUCGUACCAGAGAGAUCAGCACAGAAAUCGACGAGAAGUUUCUCAAAGUCCAGCAGUGCAUAACGGAGCACGGGUUGGUCUUGGUCGCAGUCAUCAAGCUCCAGUGAGGAAACAGCAGCCGCUGCCUGAAGAAUUUGAGACUCUGAAGCUCUCAGUGCCUGAAAGUGGAGUGCAGUGCUCAGAGAGGGUUCCUGUGGUUCAGCGCUACUCUGAGUGUGGAGGUGUGUGUGUGAUCGUUGACUGUGUCGGCUGUGAUGGAGGUUUGUUGAAGGAGACGUUUGAGCGGCUUGGUUUCCGAGUGGACCUUCACGCGCUGCUGACCGUGACGGAGCUGAGUUCGGUGUUGAGGUCAGUGAGCCAGCAGAGGGCGCUGCAGCGGGCUGCGACCUUUUGCUGCUGCCUGCUGAGCCGCGGCUCAGAGACGCACCUGCUGGCCACGGAUGCUGAGGGUCCUGGAUUCACUCUGACUGACCUGUGGCAGAUUUUCUGCCCCGUGCGCUGCCCCCUGCUGGUGGGAAAACCCAAGCUAUUCUUCACCCAGAGCUAUGUGGAGGCUCCGCCCACUCUGGAGCAGGAAGACCCAUAUUUGGAGCCGGACGGAGUGCCGUACCGCGCCGUUCCCACCUGCGCUUCGGCCAGUGAAAUGCUCCCGGCCACUGCAGACGUCCUGUGGAGUGUGUGCACAACGUCGGCCAGGCAGCUGGCGAGGCGAGACCACCACUCAGUUUACCUGCAGAUGCUAAGCUCCGCCCUCCUCCGCGCACGCGAGAGGAAGCUUCAUGUUCUGGACGCUCUUACCGAGGUGAACAGAGACGUUUAUGAGCACAAUCGGCAGAAUCCCGAUAAUCUGUACCACCUCACGCUCAGCCACACACUACGCAUGACUCUCUGCCUGUAAAGCAGAACCACAGAAGCACAUUCGGCUCCAUUAGACUUUAAAUAAGCUACUUUAGUGCUGCUUCGCGUUAACACUGCCAUUAUUUUACACACGUGACUUAUUUAUUUAGUGUUUAGCGGCUCACGCUGAGACCAGCCGAACGCGGUCAGGCAGACCGGACGGUGUCGUUACUAUGGGGAACAUUUAGUGUCUUCUAUUAUUUCUUUUAUUAGGCAGCUAAUAAUAAACAAAUACUUUAAAAAAGUAGCUAAAGAAGAAUAAUACACAGAGCAGCUGUUUUGUAUUUUUAUUUAUAUGCGUGUAUAUAAACACGCGCAAAGUUUGCACCUAACUUGGCCGUCUGUCACGCUACGAUUGGCGUUACGGACGCGAGGAAAAUGUGGCUUUGUUGGUCUUCAGUGUGGAGCUUGAUUUACUGAAAGUAACUGUAGUUUAGAUCAGAAUCUCAACUCGUUCAGCGUCUGGAUCGUUAAGUAGAUUUGUGAACACACACUUUCAGGAAGUCCGAAUUGAAGAUGAAUAAAAUCAGAAUUAGAAUUUUUCCAGUUUUCAGUGGAAAAAAGGAAAAUUACUGUGAAGUGAAGGAGAAUUAAAGACACCUGAUUAACCCUUUAACACCUGUUAACUUACUGCUGAUGAAGUUCAGAAAGGGCAGAUGAGUGGAUCAAUCAGUUAAUCAGUUAAUCAGUUCAUCCAUCAGAUGUGACUGAUAAGCACAGAGAAGCUAAUCUGCUGUAACACAUUACUUUUCAUUUAUAGUAAAAGUAUCAAUAUCAGACCCUAAAAUCAGCAUCAUAAUCAAUAUCUGUACUUGCAUGAUUAUUAAUGAAUAUAUGAAUAAUUCUAUAAUAGUUUCAUCUGCGUUGAUAAGGAUUUCAAUUCGGUUAUUAAACUUUUAUGCAGUGACAUUAAAUAUUUAGUUGAUAUUUUCAUAAAAUAUACAAUUUUUGUUUACUUGUGUGUAAAAUUCAUAAACAUCAAACAGGUGCAUGCUGGGAGUUAAGAAUUCUGAUCAUGUGACCUUUUACAUCACUACAUAAAAAUGAUCCAAAUAAUCGAAAAUUUCAUUUAUAGUUGUUAAAAUCUGAAUUCUGGUCUUGGUUGUGAGAUUAAAGUGUUUAAUCUGUCCAUAAAUGUCAGUCUAAAUAUGAAUAAACACAAUAUAAUCAUUGGAA